UGCUCCAUCUGUUGGUGGUUGACUUCAUUUUUUUUUUUCUCAGGGGUGGUGGCCGCUGUUUUGCUCCAUAGCUUCCAAAGCGAACCCACGAAAGCAUGGGAAUGUUGCAAGGCGAUUUCUGAGGAAAGUUGAGAUAAAGUGCGAAAUAAGUUAGCGUAAGUUGCUCAGACAGCAUUUUAACGUCUCAGGAGCUCAAACGGUAAACACCGGAGGCCGUUAGCGGGAGCCUGUUGGGACGUUUUUCCAGCGAGCAGUUCCGGACAAAGGAAAAGAAACCUGAGCUAAAGCUAGCUGGCUCUCUUAGGCAAUGCAGGCCAUUAAGUGUGUCGUUGUCGGAGACGGUGCUGUGGGUAAGACCUGUCUGCUCAUCAGUUACACCACCAAUGCCUUUCCUGGAGAGUACAUCCCCACAGUGUUUGACAACUACUCUGCCAAUGUUAUGGUGGAUGGGAAACCAGUGAACCUGGGCCUUUGGGAUACAGCAGGACAAGAGGACUAUGACAGACUCCGCCCACUCUCCUACCCACAGACGGAUGUGUUCCUUAUCUGCUUUUCACUCGUGAGUCCUGCCUCGUUUGAAAACGUCCGUGCCAAGUGGUACCCUGAGGUCAGACACCACUGUCCCAACACCCCCAUCAUCCUGGUGGGCACCAAGCUGGAUCUGAGAGAUGAUAAGGACACCAUGGAGAAACUGAAGGAGAAGAAACUCUCCCCCAUUACCUAUCCUCAAGGCUUGGCCAUGGCCAAAGAGAUUGGUUCCGUCAAGUACCUUGAGUGCUCAGCCCUGACUCAGCGUGGCCUUAAAACGGUGUUCGACGAGGCCAUCCGGGCCGUUCUGUGCCCCCCUCCCGUCAAGAAGAAGGGCAAGAAAUGCUCUCUCCUCUAAGACCUGCAGUUCGAACGGUUGCAGGGGAACAUGAACGCUAGCGGUGGGAGGGUGGCUCAAGACAGGAGAAAAACGCACCAGUAUACACUCACAAUCAAUGUACUUCAGAUUCUGUCUUUAAGUGUAGAUCAAGCAGUUUUCAUGAAAAUAAAUCACAGGUUCAGAUUUAGGUGAAGGGUUUGGGCAAUUAAGAGUCCUAAUAACUCUUUACUGUAAGACUAAACACUUUUUGAGGCCUUCUAAAAUGAAUUGGGUGUUUUUCUAAAAUGGAUUACAGGAAGUCUUGUAUUUCCUCUUCUACCUGUGGUCCACUUUUAUUUUAUUUUAGUUUUGUUUUUUUGGUUUACAGUCAGAUUGUUUGUUGUAAGUGGAAUGAUAUUGCCAAAUACGUUCUGCACACAUGCUGGUUUUUAGCCGAAAAUGAGAAUUUAGAUCUGUCGAUUCAGGUCUGCAAAGUUCGCUGUUCAUUCAGCUCCUCUUGUCAAUGGCAUUUUUAACUCACAUGUUCACUAACCUGGGAAAUCUGUAUAUCUUUAGAUGAGUCCUUAAGCACCAUAACGUCUUUGCCACUAGCUUGUCAAUCCUAGAACGAUUCUUAACGCCCGAAACAGAACGAGGGGCAAAGAUCCGACACCAACAGUGCUAUAAAUCCCUGAAAAAUGUAAAGAAUCCAGUAUUUUCUGCAUUUUGUCUAGUUGAAUCUUUUCUUCUUUUUGUUUUCCCUAAAAGUGUGUCAACCACACAGCUGCCUGCGAGUGCAAAAGCUAAAAACAUGAUUACAUAUUGGAACAGAAAUGUUCAGAUGUCUUUGGUGAUGGGAGAACAAGAGCACACUUUUAAUGCUCUGUGGGCAUUUACCGAAUACCUUUCAUGCAACACUUUUGAUUUCCUUUCUUCAAGCAUCACUACUGGCUAAGCAAUGUCACAAUGAAGAUAAUCUAUGCCUGCUAAUAACAGUAACAAAGCUACUGUCGGUCAUGGUUUAGUAGACAAGUCUAAUCAUCUUUUAUAUUCGUGAUUUGACUAUUUUGUAUCAUUCAGAUGUUACACGCUCACUGUAUUGUUUAACUAACACUAUGAAUAUCCUUUUUUUUUUUAUUUUUAUUACCUCUACAGUUAACGCUACCUUAAUCUCCCUACAAGCCUAGCUUUUUGUAAGUAAUGCUGAUAGCAUGUCUGUGCAUCAUAUACUGAAAACUAAGAUUAGAAGUGCUACAGUUAUAUAUAUUUUUGCCUAUUUACAAAAUGUAUUUGAACUACUAGAUCAGGGGUUAAGUACACGCUGCUCAUCGGUAUUCAGACAUCAAGCUGUGCUUUUAUCCAAGCCAAUGUUGUGACUUUAGUUUUGAGGAUUAAAAACUGUCACUUUUUGAAAAAGCCAAUAAAUUCCUGCAGAAACACUUA